AUGACACGCCGCCUACAGGAAGCCACCGAAGAUGCUCUCCUCACGGGCGGCCGCACCAGCCAGAAACUGGUAGAGGACGCCGGGUUCUCGGAGGAGCUCAAGGAGAAGCUCUUCAACAAGGUCAAGGAGGCCCAGUUCAGGAAACAGUUCUCGUCGGCAUUCGCGGAGGCAGGCAUCUCGUCAUCGUCGUCGGCCGUGGGCGAAGGCACCCAGCACAUCGCCACGGCAGCCCCCUGGACCGGCAAGGAGACGACGCACGACGCAGUCCUCCGCAUGCUGGACGACUCGAGGAAGCCGCUCAGGCCCGAGCUCCGGGGCAAGUUCCGGACCCCGGUGCCCGUCGACAUGCGCAUCAAGAGGGACCCCGCGAUGAGCGCCUCGCAGCGCGUGGCCAGCGCGCGCGACAAGGCGAGCGCCUACGCCGGGGCCGAAGCCAAGGCCGCCUCCGCCUCCGCCGCGCCGGGCAGCAAGGGCCUCACGCCGGAGGAGAGGGAGGAGCUCAGGCGGGAGUUCAGGGAGCGGUUCCAGCCCGGCGCGCGGGCGAUGCCCAACUCCAUCACGGGGCUCGCGGCGCUGGCCAACGAGCGCAUCGAGGACGCCAUCGCGAGGGGCCAGUUCAAGGACAUACCCCGCGGCAAGGGCGUGGAGCGGGACGCGAGGGCGGACAACCCCUUCAUCGACACGACCGAGUACAUCAUGAACAAGAUGAUCCAGCGGCAGGACAUCGUGCCCCCCUGGAUCGAGAAGCAGCAGGACCUCGCCAAGGCGGCGCACACCUUUCGUACGAGGCUGCGCAACGACUGGAAGCGCCAUGCGGCCAGGAUGAUCGCAUCCAAGGGCGGCUCGCUGCUGGAGCAGAUGCAGCGGGCCGAGGACUACGCGCAGGCGGAGAGGAGGCACAACCCGCGCUUCCGCAAGGUGGAGGAGACUACUAUCCCCCCUGGGUUAACUGAGGACCCCGUCAUGGUUGAGGUGAGAAAACCGCCGAAAUCAGCAACAGCAGCAUCAGGCUCUGCAGAUGAUGCACCGGAGCCGCCGUCGGCUGGGCUUGAGGAUAAGAAGCCGCGGCCGUUGCUGCCGCCGUUCAGGGACCCCGACUGGGAAGCUGCCGAGCGAACUUAUAUGGAGUUGUCCAUUGAUAAUCUCAACAGCAUUACACGGACCUACAACUUGAUGGCGCCUGACCUCGCGAAGAAACCGUACUUUUCCCUGCAGAGGGAGCUCUUGGGCGCCUUUGCAGAGGUGGCGCCACAGCUGGCAAACGAGAUUAAAGAGAGGACCACACGGGUGAAAUCCCCCGGUCUAAGCGGUGGACGACAUCAGACAGCAGCGGCGAGCAUAUUUGACAAUUUCGGUGGUGGCAGUAGUCCCCGCAUUCGUCUCGAAGCCGAGGAGAAGGCAUACGGCCUCAAAGAUUGGUGGAGAGAUGUGUGGAAAAAAUAA